AUGGUGAGAUGACCCACCGUCUAGGUUCUACAACCCAGUGGGGAUAUUUCCAAUGAAUAUACCUGUAUAAUAUAGUGGGUAUGUUUCCAACACUUAAUUUUCAUGUAUAUUGCUGUAUGAGAAGUGUUGAAACCCUGUCUCCAUCUCUCCAAGCCUGAGAAUCUGCUCCUAGCCAGUAAGCUGAAGGGAGCAGCUGUGAAGUUGGCAGACUUUGGCCUGGCCAUCGAGGUGCAGGGAGACCAGCAGGCAUGGUUCGGUGAGUACCAGUCAGUCACAAAACAUCUAUUCAAAUAUCCCCAACUUAGAUGUCCAUUUGGUGACUUGUUUUAAACAAUAGAAACAAAUAAAGAAAUAAGGCCUUGUUGACAAUUAUAAAACAUUUUGACAGUAAUACGUCUCCAUUAAUUUGAUCUCCAUGCAUUUGAUGUUGUUUAACAUAUACUACAUCACCCCAGGGUGUAACUAAGCAUUUACUGUUCAUCACAGAUCCCUGUUUUAUUAUAAACAAUGUCUAAACCCACACAAGCUUUAGAGUACUUUGAUGUUUACUUAGUCUUCAAAGCCAACGCUUCACCACCACUACUGAAAUGAAGUCUCUUGUGUGAAACAUUGAGGAGUGUCAGUGCUCUGGGUUUAUAGUGCAGGUUUUAAAAGGUGGAUAAACAGGGUUAUUUCCCUGCUAAUCCCACAGAAUGGAGGAAUAAUUAUCCUAAUCCCCUGGGCUGGCUGUCACCUGAGAAUCAUCUACCCACUUCACUGGUGGUACUUGGAGUUCUUUUAGAUAAGUGGGUUGCGUUUCUUUGGCGGGGAGCCACAUUGAGCACCCAAGAGGGCCGUUCCAGUGGAGAAGUUUUGGGAGCUUGUUAACCGUGGCCCAUAAAUGUUGAAUUUUGGAUUUAUUUGACCUCUAAUCAGCUAAUGUGGCAUUAUUUUCAUUUAUGUAGUUCAUUUAUGAUGUCUCAUCUCUGUUCCAGGUUUUGCGGGAACCCCAGGCUACUUGUCCCCAGAGGUUCUGAGGAAAGACCCCUAUGGGAAACCUGUGGACAUGUGGGCCUGUGGUAAGGAACUUCCCAACAGAACAGUCUCUUUGACUUUGAGGAAAGGCUAGUACCGACUAUGAAGAGCCAACAUGGUUCUUACACAGACGAUGAGUUCCUCCAGUUCACACCCCUUGAAUUAAUCACUGCAGCUGCUCGUUACAUAACUCAUCAAGGGCCAGGCCACCUGGGCUUUACAUGUCUAGAACACACUCAUUCACACAUGAGUCCCAGGUGACAAUGGCAGCGUUCGAUUAAGCUGAACCGCGGUGCACAGGUCUAUGGCCCGUGACGUGAACGGGCAAAAGCGGUGAGGGAGGAGUGCCCUUCUCAAAUCUAAAAGUAAUUUGCGUCGCUCGGUCGUGUUGCAUCGUUCAGAAACAUUUAGCAUCAUUUUCCCAUAAAAUAUAUGUUUGAAUUUUCAAACUAGUUUUCAUUGGGAAGGCAGAUGAAGCAUUUUUAUCAAAAGCAAUCACCUUUGCAUGUGAAAACACUCCUGAGUGGCGCAGUGGUCUAAGGCACUGCAUCGCAGUGCUAGCUGUGCCACUAGAGAUCCUGGUUCGAAUCCACGCUCUGUCGUAGCCGGCCGCGACCGGGAGACCCAUGGGGCGGCGCACAAUUGGCCCAGCAUCGCCCAGGGUAGGGGAGGGAAUGGCCGGCAGGGAUGUAGCUCAGUUGGUAGAGCAUGGCGUUUGCAACGCCAGGGUUGUGGGUUCGUUUCCCACGGGGGGGCAGUAUAAAAAAUAAUGUAUGCACUCACUAACUGUAAGUCGCUCUGGAUAAGAGUGUCUGCUUCUCAUUAUUCCACGUGCUUUAACCUAUGGCACUUUUGUUCUGAGCCGACUUCGCAAUCGGCCAAAACGGGGCACCUGGUUCCAAAACUAAUGCAAUCAAUUUUCAUCCGGUGCAAACUCCUCCCACCGGGGCAACCCGGGGCAGAUAAUCAAAUCCCCUCAAUUACUUGUUAGUCUGGUUAGAGUGCUUUACUGACCAAUCAAGGGCCCUUCAGCUCCUCCCGGUAACUUACCAGCCAGUGAAUAACACAGUGCUGAAAUGUUUGGCUUGUUUGUCACCACGGCAAUGGUGACAUGAUGAAAGCCCUUAUAGUGGGUGGAGUCUACUGUAUGUAGGGGAGUUACUUCCUGUCCUCUCCCGACCUCUUCAUCCAUAUAACAUUAGCAUAUUUGAGCCAAUAGAUAUAUCUCAGUAAAGGUCAUCAGAUAUUAUUAUUAGAUAUUAUUAUUGUUAUUAGAUAUUAUAAUUAUUAGAUAUUAUUAUUAUUAUUAUUAUUGGGUAAUUGGGUCAUGCUGAGUUUGAUUGUAAUUUCUCCUCUUGCUGAGUUUUUAGUAUAAUGAUAAUUAUCACACUGCUUGCGAUUUUUUUUAAAUGACGUUUAUUCAUAAUUGGCAUCACCCUGAUUGUGUGUGACCAGGUGUGAUCCUUUAUAUUCUUCUGGUGGGCUACCCUCCCUUCUGGGAUGAAGACCAGCACCGACUGUACCAGCAGAUCAAGGCUGGGGCCUACGACGUGAGUACCGCAACGACACACACCCUUUCACGCUCACACACACACACACACACACACACACACACACAUCCCAACAGCAGUGUUUGACACUUGCUUUAAUGCAGAUAUCUACAUUUACAUUUUACAUUUUAGUCAUUUUAGCACGCGCUCUUAUCCAGAGCGACUUACAGUUAGUGAGGGCACACAUUCUUGACAUGAGCUUAAGACAGGCUUGCUCUUAGAUCAAUACAGAAAUCUCCCAUCACUGUUUCCAAGACUUUGAUCACAAUCAUUUAACUUUAGCAGGCAAGGCUCAUCUCCUGUUUGAGUGGCAGGAAUAGGACGUUUGUAUCUCUUACACCAGAAGGAAAUGUGUUAGCCACUUGUUUUCCCAGCGACACAAGGCCGUACAUGACACAUCAGAUCCUGUCUGUCUGUGUCUUGGCUGAGCAUUGCCCCUCCCAGCGUGCUGUUGGAACACAGGCUGUGUGUCUUUCUAUCUGUGGCUGUUCCCUCAUACUGUUUGCCCUCCCCCUGCUCUCCCCUGCCAAUGCCAACGCCUGUCCCAGACAGAUUGAGUCUUAGGAGGAGGGGAGAGGAGAAGGAGUGAGGCAGGGACAGCCCGAUGCAAUGGCUGAAGCCCAAUUUAGCUCUGACUACAUGCACCUUAUCCUCAGUGACUCUGUUUUUUUGUCAACCUUGUGAAGUUAUUUUGCCAGUUCUCUCAUCGGUCCUGGUUUCUCCAAUGACACAUUUCCAAACAAAGCUGGAUGGGGGGAGAGAAAGUGAAGGGGGGAUGGGAGGAUGGAUGAGUGGAUGGAUGGACUGAUGGAUGACCAGCCUCAUGGCCUAUCCCUGUGUUCUCUCCUUCAGUUUCCGUCCCCUGAGUGGGACACGGUGACCCCCGAUGCCAAAGACCUGAUCAACAAGAUGUUGACCAUCAACCCUGCCAAGAGGGUCACCGCCACAGACUCACUCAAACACCCCUGGAUCUGCGUACGUGUCACACACACACACACAAUCACACACACGCACACGCACACCCACAAACUCAAACACACAGUCCAUGAGAACACCUACAGACACGUGAUAUUCUCCCCCUCUCUCACUGUGUCCUCUCUGCAGCAACGGUCCACUGUGGCGUCCAUGAUGCACAGACAGGAGACGGUGGAGUGCCUGAGGAAGUUCAACGCCAGGAGGAAACUCAAGGUGAGGAAAGGUUUAUCACAGGAUUUGACCAGGUUUUACCAGGUUUAACCAGGUUUCUCACAGGAUUUGACCAGGUUUUGCCAGGUUUCUAACAUUAUUUCACCAGGUCCUGACAGGUUUCUGACAGGAUUUCACCAGGUUUUACUAGGUUUCUCACGGGAAUUUACCAGGUUUCUCAUAGGAUUUGACCAGGUUUACCAGGUUUCUCACAGGAUUUCACAAGGUUUUCCCAGGUUUCUGACAGGAUUUAACCAGGUUUUACCUGGUUUCUCACAUUAUUUCACCAGGUUUUGACAGGUUUCUGACAGGAUUUCACCAGGUUUUACCAGGUUUCUCACAGGAUUUGACCAGGUUUCUCACAGGAUUUGACCAGGUUUCUCACAGGAUUUCACCAGGUUUCUCACAGGAUUUCACCAGGUUUCUCACAGGAUUUCACCAGGUUUCUCACAGGAUUUCACCAGGUUUCUCACAGGAUUUCACCAGGUUGUACGAGCCCAUGUACUGUAUGUCAUAGAGUGGACACUGACCACUAAGUAAUCUAAUCAUUACCUUUCCACCUAAAGUCUGACACCAUGUUAGGGAUUAGAGAUGACUAUUAAAGCCUUGAUCAGCCUCAACUCACUGAUCCUGUUCUCUUCCUCAGGGUGCUAUCCUCACCACCAUGCUGGCCACACGCAACUUCUCAGGUCAGAUGCAUCUUCCUACUGUAUUACUGUUUCUGUCAAGGUGUCUCUCUUGGCCUCUCUAUGUCUGUGUUUCUCUCUCUCUCUCUCUCUCUCUGUGUCUUUGUCUCUCUCCUCUCUCUCUCUCUCUCUCUCUCUCUCUCUCUCUCUCUGUCUCUCUCUCUCUCUCUCUGUCUCUCUCUCUCUGUCUCUCUCUCUUUCUGUCUCUUUCUCUGUGUCUCUGUCUCUCUCUCUUUCUAGUUUUCUAAAGCCCCAGGUUUCCUAUGACAUUGCCACCAACACCAGAUUAAUAUUUAGAAUACUCCUCCAUCAGCUGUUGCUGAAUAAUGCAGCUGGGUAAUUGAUUUCACCAAAACACUUGAGGAGGGAAACAAAGGUGAGGGAAAUAAGUGAAAGGAGGCAGGAGUGGAAGGAGGCAGGAGUGGAAGGAGGCAGGAGUGGAAGGAGGCAGGAGUGGAAGGAGGCAGGAGUGGAAGGAGGCAGGAGUGGAAGGGGAAGGAGGCAGGAGUGGAAGGAGAGAGGAGUGAGAAGGUCAGGUGUUAAAGAAAGGUCAGGUGUUAAAGAAAGGUCGGGUGUUAAAGAAAGGUCGGGUGUUAAAGAAAGGUCAGGUGUUAAAGAAAGGACUGAUAAAGAGUGCGAGAGGGAGAAUAAGGAGAGGAUAAAAGAGAGAGAUGGAGAACCCCAGGAUGAAUACGCUAGCCUUUAAAAGAACCACCAUCAGCUUCCUCCCAGUUCAUAUCAAUAGAGACGUGAGACCAGUGGGGGGUUGCAGAUCGAUGUGGUGCAGCCAUACUGGGCCUCUUAAAGGGCAAUACUUACAUGUUUUGUCUGCUAGCUAAAUAUAUCUCUCUCGGGGUGAUGAGUGGUUGAUGGAGGAAAGAUGUACACUUCACUUUCUCCUGCUUCCUUGCAUUUAUCUGGACAAUUUAAACAGAGUACUGUGUUCAGACAGAAAAACACAGAUAGUCUCUCCCUGUCAAGGCUGCUUGUCACUAGAACCCUUUCAACUUUUCAACUUGUACCGUACAUGUUUUCUUUUAAGUUAAACAGUACAUUGUAUUCAAUGGUCAUAUUUUCCAUAUAGCCAGUAUUUUUUUGCUCAGAGCAAGACUUUACACCCAUUCUGUUUUAUUUACAUUUCUUUUUUUCCUCUCUUUCUUUGUUUGAAAUGUGUAACCCUGUGAGGUAAGAGACUCUGGCAUGCGUUGGCACUGCUCUCUACCCAUGUGCCUUGUCUGGGUCACUAGCACCCCUCUCAGACCUACUAAACACUUUCACAAACACCUUUCCUCUCCCCCCUCUCAUAAACUCCUCCUGCACCUGUGUGGCCUUUAGGUGUGACAGCCCUGAUCACUUUAACCAAUCACUAAGCUUCUCCACGUUCCAGAAGCCUCAUCAUUCUACCCGCCCAGCCAAUCAGCUCUCUCCAUGUCUACAUUAUAUUUGCAUGUUGAUCUACAGUAGGAGUGUGUGCUAAUGUGUUCUGUAAGGAGGAGUUAGAUUAUAAUUAAAUUAAAUUAUUAAAUUAGAUUAUCACAUUAACUGUUUUUACGUUUAGAAGCAAGCAAUUGAAGAUCUCUUUUGUGCAUGUGUUUUUUGGCAGAGGGCAUUAAACCUCAAUUCGUUGGACCUCUUCCAUAGAUACUCCAUCAGGCUGUUAGUUGUAGCUAUAAUUGCAUCUCACAAACUAAUCACUAAGUUUGAUUUCUCUCACUUCAUUUGCAUCUUCCUUUUUGCUUCUUCCAUCUCUGGUAGGAGACUGUCAAAGUUGGCCCACAGUUUGCCGUCUUCACUAGAUUUUAGCGGCGUGUGUGUCAGAGGUGUCAUCGCUGACCAUGUCCCCUUGUCCCCUCUCUCCUUACAGCAGCCAAGAGCCUACUCAACAAGAAAGCUGACGGUGUCAAGGUAGGUUAUCCACCUCUCUCAUUCACUACUGUCAUCUUAACACCUGACAACACACAUUGACCUUAAGUUAUGGACUCAUGUAACUUAUGUUGGGAGAAUUUCUACAAUAUUCCUGGUGCCAGCAGUGAAAUAAUGUGUCAUUUUGAGUGCUGUGUCACUAAGAUAUCUCAAUAAUCGUGCCCCAUCUUUAUCCCACCUUUCCAAAAUAAUUCAGUUAGAGAGGGGUGGCAUCUGUUUUGUGAUAUGAGGAAGCUGUGACAGAGGGGUGGCAUCUGUUUUGUGAUAUGAGGAAGCUGUGACAGAGGGGUGGCAUCUGUUUUGUGAUAUGAAGAAGCUGUGACGGAUGAUCUGCUAACUCAGAAUGACAGUCCUGAUCUGCCGUCCAAUCAAACCUCAGCUGUCGUAGCCACUACACUGGUCCCGUCCGUAUCACCUCCACAGGUGCUUCUCAGAGAGUAUCUCUGUCCCCCCCCCCCCUUAUCUCUGUUUCUAAAUCUGACAACAAAAUCCCUGUCACGCUCUUCCUCAUUUGGGGAUUUUAUCUCCUCUUCCUCUCAAUACCUUUCCCUCCCUUCAAUCUCUUAAUCUCUCUAUUUUUUAUAUUUUCUAUAUUUCUACCCUCUUCUCUCUCUCUCUCCAUCUCACCCCCCUCUUUUCAUCCACACUCACUUGCUCUCCCAACUGGGGGUCUGUGUCAGACAGUGACUCACCCACUCUCCCGCUCACAGCUCUGGUUGAGUAGCUGUGCUCCAGUUUCUGUUUCUACACCCUGGGCCCAGUGUCAAACUACUAUGCUGGCUGUUUGUCUGGCCCCUGCAUCGGUAUCUGCCUCCCCUGGCCCCUCAGCUCCGCAUCCCCAACCCUCCAGCUCCUCUCCCUCUCCGAAUGCUAAUCCUAAAACACUAAGAUCACAUACCCAGGUGCAGUACUUGGCACUUGACACGUGAUCUGAAAAAAACACUGAGGUAUCCAAGGUAUUUAUGGCUAGCCGUUUAAACAGCUGUAGGAGGUUUAGCAUUUAUACCUGGUACAUUUUUCAAAAACUAUCUUUUAAAUCUGCAGCCGUGUGAGUCAUCGCCGUGUUUUGAAAGCAUAGCGUGCGGCAUUUGAAUGAUUAUUUCAGGUUUAGCGCAGGAGUCCAGCAGGUUUCCCUUUUAAAUAUCAUUGCCUACGAACCUGUAUUGUAGAGUAGAUUAUCUAAUGGACUGGAGAAAUGGAAGCCAUUUUUAGUCCUACCAUCAAUUUUGGUUUCCAUGCAUGCUGAAUAUACACUGCUCAAAAAAAUUAAGGGAACACUUAAACAACACAAUGUAACUCCAAGUCAAUCACACUUCUGUGAAAUCAAACUGUCCACUUAGGAAGCAACACUGAUUGACAAAAAAUUUCACAUGCUGUUGUGCAAAUGGAAUAGACAACAGGUGGAAAUUAUAGGCAAUUAGCAAGACACCCCCAAUAAAGGACUGGUUUUGCAGUUGGUGACCACAGACCACUUCUUAGUUCCUAUGCUUCCUGGCUGAUGUUUUGGUCACUUUUGAAUGCUGGCGGUGCAUUCACUCUAGUGGUAGCAUGAGACGGAGUCUACAACCCACACAAGUGGCUCAGGUAGUGCAGCUCAUCCAGGAUGGCACAUCAAUGCGAGCUGUGGCAAGAAGGUUUGCUGUGUCUGUCAGCGUAGUGUCCAGAGCAUGGAGGCGCUACCAGGAGACAGGCCAGUACAUCAGGAGACGUGGAGGAGGCCGUAGGAGGGCAACAACCCAGCAGCAGGACUGCUACCUCCGCCUUUGUGCAAGGAGGAGCAGGAGGAGCACUGCCAGAGCCCUGCAAAAUGACCUCCAGCAGGCCACAAAUGUGCAUGUCUGCUCAAACGGUCAGAAACAGACUCCAUGAGGGUGGUAUGAGGGCCCGACGUCCACAGGUGGGGGUUGUGCUUACAGCCCAACACCGUGCAGGACGUUUGGCAUUUGCCAGAGAACACCAAGAUUGGCAAAUUCGCCACUGGCGCCCUGUGCUCUUCACAGAUGAAAGCAGGUUCACACUGAGCACGUGACCGACGUGACAGAGUCUGGAGACGCAGUGGAGAAUGUUCUGCUGCCUGCAACAUCCUCCAGCAUGACCGGUUUGGCGUGGGUCAGUCAUGGUGUGGGGUGGCAUUUCUUUGGGGGGCCACACAGCCCUCCAUGUGCUCACCAGAGGUAGCCUGACUGCCAUUAGUUACCGAGAUGAGAUCCUCAGACCCCUUGUGAGACCAUAUGCUGGUGCGGUUGGCCCUGGGUUCCUCCUAAUGCAAGACAAUGCUAGACCUCAAGUGGCUGGAGUGUGUCAGCAGUUCCUGCAAGAGGAAGGCAUUGAUGCUAUGGACUGGCCCGCCCGUUCCCCAGACCUGAAUCCAAUUGAGCACAUCUGGGACAUCAUGUCUCGCUCCAUCCACCAACGCCACGUUGCACCACAGACUGUCCAGGAGUUGGCGGAUGCUUUAGUCCAGGUCUGGGAGGAGAUCCCUCAAGAGACCAUCUGCCACCUCAUCAGGAGCAUGCCCAGGCGUUGUAGGGAGGUCAUACAGGCACGUGGAGGCCACACACACUACUGAGCCUCAUUUUGACUUGUUUUAAGGACAUUACAUCAAAGUUGGAUCAGCCUGUAGUGUGGUUUUCCACUUUAAUUUUGAGGGUGACUCCAAAUCCAGACCUCCAUGGGUUGAUAAAUUUGAUUUCCAUUGAUAAUUUUUGUGUGAUUUUGUUGUCAGCACAUUCAACUAUGUAAAGAAAAAAGUAUUUAAUAAGAUUAUUUCAUUCAUUCAGAUCUAGGAUGUGUUAUUUUAGGUGUUCCCUUUAUUUUUUUGAGCAGUGUAUAAUGAUUACAAUUGCGUUGUUUGUUAUAAAAUACCCUUUCUCAAAGCGCAUACUGUAAGUCUCUAGGGUCUUGACACUGUAUGUGUUUUGGGGGUUGAGAUAUUGUAUAUGUUUUGGGGGUUGAGAUAUUGUAUGUGUUUUGGGGGUUGAGAUAUUGUGAUAUUGGACCAAGUUUGUCUUGUUCUCUUAUGUGUUCUGAUGGGUCGAUGCAGAAACGGAAGUCUGAAACCAAGCCAGAGCCAAUGCCAAUGAUUCUGGUAUGCCCGUCUACUUUUAUCCAACCUGGCAACCACCAUGGGUUGCCAGUUGUGGUUGAUUUUAGAACACCCUAGUCUGUUGGAUAGAUUCAGGGUGGGUUUGAUUGGCCAUUUGUAGAAGCCUGGCCUAGGACAGUUGUCUAGUAUCUUGGUUUAAUGAGCAACCAAUUGUAGAAGCCUCUUGAUGUGUAGUUCCAGUUGGAUGACUAGCUUCCCAUAUCUCCCUGUAGAGAACCUAGUCCUACCAUCAUGUGCAUUCCAGUUGGCCCAUAUUACCAGGUUUUACAUCGCUGGGAUACCCAAUGGCGGCGCUACUUAAUCAGGGCAUGCAGUUCAUAAAGGAAUUGUACAACGCUCUUUUAUAUUCAUGUUUCCCCUGAUGUGCUUCCAAUGACAAUGUGCUCCGAUGCAGACGAUGAUGUUCAUGUUAACGGUAAAACAGAAAACUAUUGGGAUGUCACGACAUCGUUUGACUUGUGUAUUUGAACAGGAUUGGAUAAUUGCAUUACUUCUGGCUUUUUACUUCUCCUCUCUAGUAGUCACAAUAGCACUAAUUCAUUAGAUUCAAGGCCUCUACAAACUGCAUUAAUAGCCGCAAUUAGGCUGUUUUCUCUUCCUGAAAAACCUGCAAACGGUCGAGCGGAACAUCUAGUCGCUUUCAAAAUGGGUUUUUAAGUUUCUGACCGUUAAUGUUUCAAGUUCUGUUUCAGCGAGGAACUCCUUUGCAUGCUUUUUUCAUUUUACAUAAUCCUCCAGAAUAAUAAUGUAUCGCUACAGGCUUGGAACUAACAGAUGUCUAAUGAACCUUAUUUUGUCUCACUUAACUUUCUACCCUUCAGAGUAAUUUGAUGUUAACACCCGUAGACAUGCAGGCGAGACGUUAGACUCUUAGCAUUUUCUCUCCUGCAGCCCUGUGUUCCUGACAAAUCUCUCUAUGCUGAUGUAGUUCUCCUGUCUCUCUCCCUGUCUGGAGCAUUAGUCCUCGUUCCUGAAAUAGAUCUUUGUUUCUGUCUCUCUCUGUCCACUCACUUUAUAGAUCAACAACAAGACCAAUGUAGUCACCAGCCCCAAAGAGCCCCCCACUCUGGUACUCUGUCUUUCUGCACGCCUGCCUGCCUGCCUGUCAGUUUGUCUGUCUGUCUGUCUGUCUUUCUGCACGCCUGCCUGCCUGCCUGCCUGUCAGUUUGUCUGUCUGUCUGUCUUUCUGCAUGCCUGCCUGCUUGCCUGUCAGUUUGUCUGUCUGUCUUUCUGCACGCCUGUCUGCCUGCCUGUCAGUUUGUCUGUCUGUCAUCCUUCAUGCUUGGGCUGCUCACUCUAACAAGGUGUCUCCUUGUUUUGCUACCAGUGAUGCCUCUUAUUGCAUUUUUGUUUUCUUUAUAGGCUAACACAUGUUAUUUUUAUCAUACACGGGCAUUUCCUUAUACUGUGGUCAGUAGACAUUGCAGUUGGUAUGUGCUCUUGAACUUUGUGUGUUUUUUGUUUGGGAUGGCCCCUAGUUCGCCAUUGCAUGUUUCUGUGUGUGUGAAGAACUGUACACCCCGGGCAUCUUGUCUUUACUGUUAAUCCACUGAUUCUUUCCCCAUGUUACCAAGGAAACCAAUGAGACAUGCUGGUUGUGCGUGCGUUCUAAAAUAGACUUUCACACGCUCACUCACACGCUAACUCACUCACAUACUCACUCACACACUCACUCACUCACACACUCACUCACACACUCACAGUGAAACGUAUCCUAAGGCAGAUUGCUCUGAUAGUGCCACCCGUGUCACCCUGCCACCACACAUGAGCUUCAACAUGGCUGUGCGAUGGCAUGCCUUAUGACAGGUAGCCCACCCAUUGGCACCGCCCAGCGGAUCUCUGCUCACAGACUUACCCAGCAAGCAAAACAUUUUAGCAGCCCCCCUCUUGACAGCGGAGAUACUUUUUUUUUCCGUUUAGAGUAAUUUUUUUGCAAUUCUACACAUUUUGCCAUGGGGAAGAAAUAAGAUUUUGCAGUUGUUAUAUUAUAUCUGAGUGAGACUGACUAACUAAAUCAAUGGGGGCCCUUUGGCUGGUAAUUCGACCAUGAUUUCUAAGUUUAGAUAGCUUGCCGCUAUGCUAAUUUACCAAUCUAAAACAUUUUAGCUGACAUGGGCUAAUUGAGUGACUAUCAGUGACUGACAUAAGAGAAACUGCUGCUGCACAACCAAAUUUCGAAAUUGCACCUUUUGUAUUCUACUAUUCUAACUCGCAACAGGAAGUUGAGACCUGACUGAGUUACAAAAUAUAUAUAUAAUAUAUAUAUAUAUACAGUACCUGUCAAAAGUUUGGACACACCUAGUUAUUCAAGGGUUUUUCUUUAUUUUUUUACUAUUUUCUACAUUGUAGAAUAAUAGUGAAGACAUCAAAACUAUGAAAUAACACAUAUGGAAUCAUGUAGUAACCAAAAAAGUGUUAAACAAAUCAAAAUAUAUUUUUUAUUUGAGAUUCUUCAAAGUAGCCACCCUUUGCCUUGAUGACAGCUUUGCACACUCUUGGCAUUCUGCUUUACCACCAGUCUUGAAGGAGUUCCCACAUAUGCUGAGCACUUGUUGGCUGCUUUUCCUUCACUCUGCGGUCCAACUCAUCCCAAACCAUCUCAAUUGGGUUGAGGUUGGGUGAUUGAGGAGGCCAGGUCAUAUGAUGCAGCACUCCAUCACUCUCCUUCUUGGUCAAAUAGCCCUUACACAGCCAGGAGGUGUGUUUUGGGUCAUUGUCCUGUUGAAAAACAAAUUAUAGUCCCACUAAGCGCAAACCAGAUGGGAUGGCGUAUCGCUGCAGAAUGCUGUGGUAGCCAUGCUGGUUAAGUGUGCCUUGAAUUCUAAAUAAAUCACAGACGGUGUCACCAGCAAAGCACCCCCACACCAUCACACCUCCUCCUCCAUGCUUCACGGUGGGAACCACACAUGCGGAGAUCAUCCGUUCACCUACUCUGUGUCUCACAAAGACACGGCGGUUGGAACCAAAGAAAUAGGCUUGCCUGUUUUGCAUGAUAUUUUGGCAUUAAUACGUGUCACAUAUUAGUUUGCAAACAAUGUAAAAAAAGAUAACAUAAUAAUUGAGUUAUUUAAUAAAGCCGCAUACAAACAUGGUCUCUUUUUUGCUUUAUUGAGUAAGGCAGCUCCAAAAUGCAGGUGUUUCAGCCUAGCUCAGUGCUUUCUGUGGUGGUGGGGCAGCCAGCGGAAAAUACGGAGCGUAGGUGUUGGUAAUGUUCUCUAGUUGCACCAUGAUUGGCUCAGUGUUCUGUCACUCAUGGGGACACUACGUCACCGCCAAGUGUAAGGCUAGAGCUCGAUAAAUUCAAGCCCCUUGGGUGCUGCCAUAGAGUUACAUUAGAAGUGCCCAUCCAAGAAGGCUCAAGGUCAUUGGCCACAGACAAAAUGACGUCAAAUCACGUGAUAUCAACAGUAGCUUUGAUUGGACUGAUCAUGUCAACAUCAUACUUUCAAAAUCUUAGCUAGCAGUCAUCAUCAUGAAUCAAGUCGACAAUCUACUGGCAAAUAUUUUUUAAUCCUUGUCAUAUGAAGAUAAAUAAUGAAGAGAAAUUAUAGAUACAAUUUAUCGGUGCUCAUCGGCCAUUGGACAUAAACAUUGCACAACAAGUUGGAAAUCGUAAAUUCAACAACGAGGGGUUUGGAAGGAAUAAGUGGCUAAACUGCAAGCACUGCACAGCAAUCAUUAGCCUGCUAUUCAGUGGAGUGGCUGUGUGGUCCCAAGUCUGAGAUUAAGGGUCUCUCUUCCAAGCUUAAAAUGAUAAACAUUCAACAUUGGCCAUGCUGUCAAUGAAGCAUGAUUUGUGCUGCGCUCAAAACAACUGUUAACUUGGAACUGCAGAAUCUGACUUCAGUGAGUUCAAGACAACUGGGAACUCGGGAAAAACGAGCUCCGACUGGGAAAAUACGUUUUGAACGGUCAUCCAACUUGGAAUUGUAAAUCCGGAAAUCUGUCCUCUUUCUAGAGCUACGACCUGAAGAUCACUGACGUCGUCAUGAUUCAAACUUGUUUUUUCUGAGUUCCCAGUUGUCUUGAAAGCACCAUAAAUCCAGAGAAUGCCAGACUUUGAUGACAAAGUUUGAUGACAAAAUAAAAUACUUAUGUCAUGCAAUAAAAUGCAAAUUAAUUACUUAAACAUCCUACAAUGUGAUUUUCUGGAUUUUUGUUUUAGAUUCCGUCUCUCACAGUUGAAGUGUACAUAUGAUAAAAAUUACAGACCUCUACAUGCUUUGUAAGUAGGAAAACCUGCAAAAUCGGCAGUGUAUCAAAUACUUGUUCUCCCCACUGUAUGUAUACUGAAGCUAAGAAAGUAAUACUAAGUGUGUUGUGUAGUAAGCUGUUAGUAGCCCCUGUGCCUCACCCUAAUAAUUUGGUCUAUUUUCCCCUCUUAAUUUCGCCUACUGUUCUGACUUGGUGGUGCACAAGUAGCCUAUAACCUGUUUUAGAGAAAUGUAAUCAUCGAAUAUUGUAAGAGCGUUCAUUGUCGGCUUAUGUGCCCCCUUUAUUUAUCCUACAGUUCUGACUUGGUGUACAGAGAGAACACUGUAAGAAUAGCCUAUGUGCUGAAUUCUGUCGCUGUACAUUUCAAAAGUGCUGAGCAAAUAGUUAUAUUGACUACGUCCGUCCUAGCUCGCUCAUUAAUGUCUUAAUCGAAAUGUACGGAUUGCCUCUUAUCUGCUCAUCAUCCCCUUAUGCCAUAGUUUGUACAUCUCAAUUGUCAGUAGAAAGCACAUUUGUUUAAGCAAGUCAGCCAUAUCAGCUAUGUUUUUUUUUUAAAGGCAGUAAAUGAGGCUGAAUGAACUGUUUUGCUGCCAGACAAGGCUCAGCUGAUAGCCAGGUGUAGCAGUAGUAAGGUGUUGGGAGUGGGACUGCUGAUGGGACUCUGCUGUUGGGACAGCUUUAUGUAGGCCCUAACAGUUUGUGGGUACCGUUUGUCACCGUUAUAGUGUAAUGAAUGUAUUGUUUAGUGUUGUGUUGUGGAGUGGCUUUGCUGGCAUGCAUCCCACUUUUAUUUAUGUUUUGCCCCACCAAGAUUGACAUGCUAAAAUCGUCACUGUGCCCAAGCAAGUCUCUUCUUCUUAUUGGUGUCCUUUAGUAGUGGUUUCUUUUCAGCAAUUCGAACCAUGAAGGCCUGAUUCGCGCAGUCUCCUCUGAACAGUUGAUGUUGAGAGGUGUCUGUUGCUUGAACUCUGUGAAGCAUUUAUUUGGGCUGCAAUUUCUGAGGCUGGUAACUCUAAUGAACUUAUCCUCUGCAGCAGAGGUAACUCUGGGUCUUCCAUUCCUGUGUCGGUCCUCAUGAGAGCCAGUUUCAUCAUAGCGCUUGAUGGUUUUUGCGACUGCACUUGAAAUUUUCCGGAUUGACUGACCUUCAUGUCUUAAAGUAAUGAUGGACUGUCUUUUCUCUUUGCUUAUUUGAGCUGUUCUUGCCAUAAUAUGGACAUGGUCUUUUACCAAAUAGGGUUAUCUUCUGUAUACCAACCCUACCUUGUCACAACACAACUGAUUGGCUCAAACGCAUUAAGAAGGAAAGAAAUUCCACAAAUUAACUUUUAACAAGGCCUGUUAAUUGAAAUGCAUUCCAGGUGACUACCUCAUGAAACUGGUUGAGAGAAUGCCAAGAGUGUGCAAAGCUGUCAUCAAGGCAAAGGGUGGUUACUUUGAAGAAUCUCAAAUAUAUAUAUAUAUAUAUAUACAUAUAUAUAUAUAUAUAUAUAUAUAUAUAUAUAUAUAUAUAUAUAUAUAUAUAUAUAUAUAUGUAUAUAUAUGUAUAUAUAUAUAUAUGUGUAUAUAUGUAUAUGUAUAUAUAUAUAUGUAUAUAUAUAUAUAUAUAUGUGUAUAUAUAUGUAUGUAUAUAUGUUUUUGUUUUGUUUAACACUUUUUUGGUUACUACAUGAUUCCAUGUGUUAUUUCAUAGUUUUGAUGUCUUCACUAUUAUUCUACAAUGUAGAAAAUAGUAAAAAUAAAGAAAAACCCUUGAAUGAGUAGGUGUGUCCAAACCUUUGACUGGUACUGUAUGUACACAGUAUAUAUAUAUAUAUUUAAUUUGAUAUCCGUGGGCCUUCAAAAGGGGGUCCGUUUACCCAUCCCUGUUCUAGAGUGAUGUGGUUAUGUAUUCUAGAGUGAUGUGGUUAUGUAUUCUAGAGUGAUGUGGUUAUGUAUUCUAGAGUGAUGUGGUUAUGUAUUCUAGAGUGAUGUGGUUAUGUAUUCUAGAGUGAUGUGGUUAUGUAUUCUAGAGUGAUGUGGUUAUGUAUUCUAGAGUGAUGUGGUUAUGUAUUCUAGAGUGAUGUGGUUAUGUAUUCUAGAGUGAUGUGGUUAUGUAUUCUAGAGUGAUGUGGUUAUGUAUUCUUAGAUGUGAGAAAUGGGGCUUGCCAUAGCCAGGUUGAUGUUCAUUCACCAUGCAUUACACACACAACUUGCCUGGAGUAAGGACUGAAGGUGAACUGCAUGCCUUGGCUGUAGUUUAUGUCCAGGAAGAGCCUGGUGACUAACAUGCUGCUACUGCUGCACACCUCCCGUCAUGUCUUGGCUGUUGCUUGGCUGUUUCUUCUUCUAAUGUCUUAGGGCACCACGUUGACUACUCAACAAUCUCUUUUUCUUACAACAAAUACUUGAAAUGUGUCCCAUGGGAAUUGAUCAUCUGGGCAACUGUUUACCACAACAAUUUCCUGUAUAUUGAACCCCUUUCUUCUUCACUUUCCUCCUCCUCCUCCUCCUCCUCCUCCUAUCCAUGAAUCAGGAGCCUCAAACCACUGUUCUCCACAACCCAACUGAUGGAAACAAGGUAGUGAUUAAAUAGAACCAUAGUUUUUCGAGUGUAGAGGUUUUUGCUAAAAUUGUGCUGUAGUUAGCAGUGAUAAGCUUUCUAGUUAGUGUUAUUUACUAAGCCUUAUGUUGAUAUGCAUGGUGCCUUAAUUAAGCCCUAGAUCUCCCAUACUCAACUGGCGGACCGCAGUCCGGAUUCGGACCCAGAACGAGGUCAAUACGGACCGCCGGUCACGUCUACAAAGAAAAAAGAAAAAUCCCCCAUCUGACAGUACAUCACUUAUCCUGUGCUCACGCUUAAUCCAGUCUCCACAGCCGGCAGGUGUUCAUUGUUGCUCUCUGUUUGUUCUUGUCCAACAGGAGUCCAGUGAGAGUGCUAACACCACCAUGGAAGAUGAGGACGUGAAAGGUAGGAGCACACAAACCACUCUGCCCCUAGCACCACUCUGACCCUAGCACCACUCAGCCCCUAGCACCACUCUGACCUUAGCACCACUCUGCCCCUAGAACCACUCUGGCCCUAGCACCACUCUGGCCCUAGCACCACUCUGGCCCUAGCACCACUCUGCCCCUUGCACCACUCUGCCCCUAGCACCACUCUGCCCCUAGCACCACUCUGCCCCUAGCACCACUCUGCCCCUUGCACCACUCUGCCCCUUGCACCACUCUGCCCCUUGCACCACUCUGCCCCUUGCACCACUCUGCCCCUAGCACCACUCUGCGUUAGCAUGAAGGGUUAGCCACCUAUAUUAGGCUAGUAGCACUGUGUUAGCUCUCUGCUCAAGUGAAAGGGAAUGCACAGGGGUAGCCUGUUCCUGGUGUGCCUGCUGCCCCUAACUUAGCAUGUAGUGUACUCAUGAUUCUUCAGCAUUAGGGCUCCAUGUAUUGCAUGUGUUGUUGUCCUACUGAUUUUGCAUGAAUAUGUUGGCUGUUAAAAUGCCUAUUUUCUUUGUACCAUUUUAGUUUGUCUUGCAUGAAUUCAUCAGAUAUGCGUUUGUUUAUCCAGGCAUCCAUUCAUUUGGCUUUUUCAUUUAAAUAAAUUCUUUAAUCUUCUGAUCUCAUCCCUUAGACAUGCACUGCCAUCCUCCAAAGGUUGAAUGUUAUGUCCAUCCACAUCAUUACAUUUAAACUCUUAUUCUUUACUUGUUACAUUGUCAGUUCUGUGACUGAACACCGUCCUGCGUUGUGAUGUGACCUCUAUCUAACCCUGCAUACAUUUCCUUUGAGCUACUUCUAUUGAUGUAACCUAGUCCAUCUGUUUUCACUGUAUUUGUUUAAGACCAAUGUUAAUGGCUGAAUAGUGGCCCUACUUUGAGUCAGUGGUGCAUUUAACACCCACUCUGAUGGGCUCAUUAGUGACUCAUUAGUGAUUUGGAACCACAGGAGGUUGGUGGAUCCUUAAUUGGGGAGGAUGGGCUCGUGGUAAUGGUUUCCAUGUGUUUGAUGCCAUUCCAUUCGCUCUGUUCCAGCCAAUAUUAUGAGCCGUCCUCUCCUCAGCAGCCUACACUGUAAGUUUAUACCAGCGGUGUCAAUCUCAUUCCAUGGAGGGCCUAGUGUCUGUGGGUUUUUGGUUUUUCCUUUCAAUUAAGACCUAGACAACCAGGUGAGGGGAGUUCUUUACUAAUCAGUGACUUUAAUUCAUCAAUCAAGUACAAGGGAGGAGAGAAAACCCAAAGACACUCGGCCCUCCGUGGAAUGAGUUGGACACAUUUGGUGUAUACAGUAGUGGUUCUCAAACCUGUCCUCAGGGACCCCCAGACGUUUCCCCAUUUUGUUGUAGGCCUGAACUAACUCACCUGAUUUACCUAGUCAAGGGCUUGGUGAUUAGUUGACCAUUUGAAUCAGGUGUGCUAGCUGUGGAAUAGUUCAAAUACAUGGAACGGCUGGGGGUCCCCGAGGAGAGGUUUGAGAAACCCUGGUCUUCAGUGGGUCGUUUAGGCAGCUGAAUCAGGCUCUGCUGCUACGCAUGAUUUCCCAUCUCGCUGCUGCUCUGAUGGUCCGCUGAGCCAGAACAGUGUGCGUGUGUGUGCCCGCUCUACCAUUACAGAUAGUAAUUUGUUCACCUCCCUCUUCAAAUUGAAGGUUUUACCUCAUAAUGCAAUCUGGGUAGUGUGACAAUGACCCUAAUCGCCAGAAUGAAUCUCCCCCUUCUAGACCUUUAAAAGGCUCUUUGACAAUCUGAGAGAGUAGGAUGACAUUUAGUUAGGCAAUCUCAUGAGCUACCUGCUUUGAACAAUUGUCUCUUUGUCACAAAACCCAGGAGGUCCUAGUACCCCUAUCUAAAGUGCUACGGCGGCAUUGCGUGGAAAGGAAAUGGUGUUUCAUUUUUACAUUUACAUUUUAGUCAUUUAGCAGACGCUCUUAUCCAGAGCGACUUACAGUUAGUGAGUUCAUACAUAUAUAUAUUUUUUUCAUACUGGCCCCCCGUGGGAAACGAACCCACAACCCUGGCGUUGCAAACGCCAUUGCUCUACCAACUGAGCUACACGGGUUUCCUAGCAUGUCAGUGUCGCUUUGUGUCCAUGUUUGCAAUUCCUGACGGAUGAUUACUGACGGGUCGUGGAUUUCUGUAAUGGUCGCUCUACUAAACGUGUGUGUGGGUGUUUCUCAUGUUUAUUUGCAGCUAGAGGCUCGUCAAUUUCAUAUUCACUUUGUUUUCUUUGGCAGUUGCUUUGUUUGAAAGAUGAAGGCAUUUCAUCACGUUGUGUGUAGGAGUUGAAGACUGUAGGAUGUGGUGGAUUUUCUUUGGGGGGGGGGGGGGCGGGCAUCAUCGUCUCGCCCCUUUUCAUGUUCCAAAUAAACAAAAACAUAUUUCUGGCCACAACACAUUCUGAAGCACCAACCCAACACACAGGACCCUAUCAGUCCCCAAGUGUCACUCGCCCUGUGACAUCAACACUUGCCAGAAAGAGGAGGCCUCUACAACCAUCCCAUCAUAUAUAUAUAUAUAUAUAUAUAUGAUUAUAAUUUUUCUGACAUUUUCUAUGCAUUUCCUCAACAGCGUUUUGUUUCCAAUGAGAACAGACGUUACUCUUCAUUCUUUUAUUUUCUCCACUUCUUCACUCUUUUGUUUUCCAUCCAUCCAUCCAUCCACCCAUCUCUCAUACCAAUGUUCCUCGUCACCCAUCCACCCUUUAUCCUAGUCUCCCGUCCCUCCUCCCCAAGUUCCCCUCGCUUCUGGCAGGGGCACACAGGCUCAUACUACUCCUCCUCAUCUUCCUCCUCCUCCUGCUGGUAUUCUCCCAGUGUUUGGCCCAGGUAGGGAGGAGUUGUGCCUCUAUGUUCUGAGGACCCUGGUCACCUGUUACCUGCUCCUCCUCUUCACCACCUCCUUUGUGGUCUUACUCGCUGUGCACCCUGCCGCCCACUGUGGCCCCACCCACACUCAGAGGCCCCAGCCUGGUCUGAUCCCCAGCGACAUGCAGUAUAAGUUCACCCAGAGCAAAGUGGGGGGAGAGGGCACAACCAGAACAAUGCCCUCUACGCCCCACUAUCCCUGACAUCAGACCCUCCCUUCAUAUCCUCUUGGCCGCUAUCAGAUAUGCAUAAUUGGAAGUCCACAUUUGUUUAGGAUAUGACUUUUAGGAUCAUUUGGUGCACCCGGUGAGUGAAUAUUAAUGCAAAUAGUUCCCUCAUUUACAUUUGAGUCAUUUAGCAGACGCUCUUAUCCAGAGCGACUUACAGUUAGUGAGUGCAUACAUUUCUUUUCAUACUGCCCCCCCCCCCCCGUGGGAAACGAACCCACAACCCUGGCGUUGCAAGCGCCGUGCUCUACCAACUGAGCUACACGGGGGGCCACACAUUGUACCUGGGACUCCAUACCAAAGACUAAACAAAGGCGUACAAAUCUCUUAGUGUUUGACAUGGAACCCUGUGAAAGAAAGCUACUGAAAAGUAGCCCUUGUCUUACUGAGGUUGCACCUCCGUAGGUUGGCCCAGGUAUAACAGUACACUCUGCUUCGGCGUGGAGCAAAGCAGCACCCGGUCUCCUGUACAGGCGUCCCUUAUGUGUGAACUCUGCUGCCCUCUGGAGGUCAUGGUCUGCCAUUGGAUCUCCAUGGCUGUAGUCAGUCUAACCAGGGGUUACCAGAGGACUGAGCUAAUCACCACCGUCUGUCUCCUCAUAACAGUCUUUGUCAAUGUAUUAGCAAUGUAUUACACCUAAGUUGGGCUUAAAAGGUAUUACCGCUGUGUUGAUGCGUACGGAGAGGGUGAGACAGAUAGUCGUCAUCGCCAGGGUUGACUGUGAACAGUCUAAAGGAGAUUCAGAGUAUACUUUAAGGACUAGUUUUGAUAAAGGUUGUUCUUUGCACAGGCAGCACGGAAGACUUCCCAGGAACGGGAUGGUUUCGUUGACCGUUAAUGUCUCUACAUUGACAUCACAUUUGAUAAGUGGAUUGCGUUUGGUGGAGAAGUGCUGAGUGAUCUGGCCUAUUCAGACACUCUCCUUCCCUGCUAUAGUGUGUGUGUGUGUGUGUGUGUGUGUGUGUGUGUGUGUGUGUGUGUGUGUGUGUGUGUGUGUGUAUCCCCAGAUGAACCUUCCAGGCUCAGACAGAGAGGCAGACGGUCAGAGUGAGAGAGAGUCUCUAGACUGAAAGAAAGCUCUGCACUCAGCUUCUCUGUCUGUCAGAGAUGCCUGUCAGAACCAAGGCUCAGUUUGUCAUUUUAUUACUGUGCAGCUCAGUAUAUAGUACCUCAUAGCAAACGAAAGGCAACGUUGUGUUUUCAGUCUCAUUUCUAAGUGCCAUUGAUCUACUUCCGUUUCGAUAAUAACAAACAGCGAAAAAUAGCUUUGUUUUCCCGCCGUGUGCUGUUGAGGGUUGUCCGGGGGACAUAAUACACUGUCCACUAUUUGGAGGUGCAUUGUUUCUUCUUAGCAAACAGACUGCUAGAGAGCAAGGUCUGUCAGUGAUCCGUCGGCGGGUUUGUACAUGUUGGACUGUGCGACAGCAAAAUGUCGAAGAACUCGUUGAGUAAACUGACCCUAUUUUUUUCAGCUGUAUCAGACUAGCUGCCAGACUAGUAGCUAAUCACUGAUGGCUAAUGUAUGACACAGCUGGAGUGUUGUUGGUCUUUCACUCGGUCAAUAUCUGUGGAGCCUCCAUUGGAGUAUUUUGCUGCCACUGGUGAACAAUCUUCUGAGAACUGAGGGGAAAAUGUUUCUUAUUUGCAUCCUUUGUGUUCUGUCAGUCACGUCGAUUGACAGUGUCAGAGGGGACCAAAGUGUCGAAGGUAAAGAGCUAAUAGCGUUUCUCUUAGUCCCUAAAAGGAGAAAAAGUUUUGAUGCGUGUUUUCUAUGGGUCAGUCUCACUACCAUUCCAUUUGACAUCUACCUCAAAUUCAUGUUAUUUCAUGUUGUUUCACAAGUUGGUUGUUGAGCACAAUAAGAGAUUUGCUAAAACCACAAAACCUUUGUUUUUCUUUACAUUCAUUAUCUCUUAGCUUGCCUGCGUAAUUUGCGAGGUAAUGAAAUCAUGUUGUCUGUGUUAUCUGUGGUAAUGAUGGUGAAACACACUGAUUCUCCCGUGUGUGUGUGUGUGUGUGUGUGUGUGUGUGUGUGUGGAAGUGGUGAACCCGUGGUGUAUUCAUUAUGUCUUGCAACGGAAACCGUUUACUGUUUAAGAACCAAACAAGAGCAAACGGAACGAAAUGGGGAGGGACCCACCUGAAUUUGUCCAAUAGAAACUCUAGUUUUCGUUGCUAAACGUUUUUAGUUUGGAGUAAACAUUUUGCAACAGAAUUGCCGUAAUGAAUACACCCCUUGGCCCCUGAACCUUGUGCCUGUGUUUUGGGCUGCAUUGUUACCACUACUUGGGUUCAUGUAAAUCCCUCAACUUCUCUACGGAGACUCACUCACUCACUAGAUGACUCAACACAUAAGAGGUGUCUUAGUCUAAUCACCUAUGGUUGUGGAACCAACUUGUGAAAAGGUCUCUCUUUCCUCUCUGUCUCUUACUCUCCCUGUCAGCUCGUAAGCAGGAGAUCAUCAAAGUGACUGAGCAGCUGAUUGAGGCCAUCAACAAUGGAGACUUUGAAGCCUACACGUUAGUGAUUUGGGAUUUUAACACUGCACCAUAAAAAAAAAUUAAAAAAAACAUAUGCCUUCCGAUCUACAUCGUUUUGUGUUCCCCUUCUUCUGUCCUACAGGAAAAUCUGUGAUCCCGGCCUGACAUCCUUUGAACCAGAGGCCUUGGGAAACCUAGUGGAGGGAACCGACUUCCACAAGUUCUACUUUGAGAACGGUAAAGCACCUGCAUUCCAUUAUGCACUUGUAGCAGUAAAGAUUGACACAUAGCCAUAUAAAAACCAAUGGCUGUAGAAGCAUUAAUUACCAUGAUUGUGUACUAAUUUGAUCAAUUUCCCUCUGUCUCCCCCCAGCUCUGUCCAGGAGCAAGCAAGGGCCCGUCCACACCAUCCUUCUCAACCCCCACGUGCACCUGAUCGGCGACGACGCGGCUUGCAUCGCCUACAUCCGCCUCACCCAGUACAUGGACGCCAGCGGCAUGCCACGCACCAUGCAGUCAGAGGAGACCCGCAUCUGGCACCGCCGUGACGCCAAGUGGCAGAACAUCCACUUCCACCGCUCCGGCUCACCCACUGUGCCCGCCAAGUAAGGUGACUAGAGGUGCUCUCAUAGUGCUGUCUUGGUCGGCUGAAUUCAUUGUGGAGCUAUGUAGCUAGAUUGGUUCUUCUUUGGCCCUGAUAUCCCUACCUGGCUAAGUAAGAUAUACUUACAGUCCAUGUCCUGUAGCUGUAUCUGUCCUGUAGCUGUAUCUGUCCUGUAGCUGUAGCUGUCCUGUAGUCUGUAGCUGUAUCUGUCCUGUAGCGGUAUCUGUCCUGUAGCUGUAGCUGUCCUGUAGCUGUAUCGUCCUGUAGCUGUAGCUGUCCUGUAGCUGUACGGUCCUGUAGCUGUAGCUGUCCUGUAGCUGUAGCUGUCCUGUAGCUGUAGCUGUCCUGUAGCUGUCCUGUAGCUGUCCUGUAUCGGCUCCACCUGCACUAUGUAGUUACUCGGUCGUAGCUUACUGUAUGUAGUGUGUGUCUGUAUAUGUUUACUAGCUGCUACUGUAUGUGUGUGGUCUGUACUAUGUAGUUACUAGUCUGCUACUGUAUGUAGUGUGGUCUGUACUAUGUAGUUACUAGUCUGCUACUGUAUGUAGUGUGGUCUGUACUAUGUAGUUACUAGUCUGCUACUGUAUGUAGUGUGGUCUGUACUAUGUUCCUCUUUAGCCCUGAUCAUCCUUAGCUAGUCGGAUUGGUGACUGUAAUUGACUGUAGCUUAGCCCACCUAACCCGCUUUAUCCAGGAGCUACAGUGGGGAGAACAAGUAUUUGAUACACUGCCGAUUUUGCAGGUUUUCCUACUUACAAAGCAUGUAGAGGUCUGUAAUUUUUAUCAUAGGUACACUUCAACUGUGAGAGACAGAAUGUAAAACAAAAAUCCAGAAAAUCACAUUGUAUGAUUUUUAAGUAAUUAAUUUGCGUUUUAUUGCAUGACAUAAGUAUUUGAUCACCUACCAACCAGUAAGAAUUCCGGCUCUCACAGACCUGUUAGUUUUUCUUUAAGAAGCCCUCCUGUUCUCCACUCAUUACCUGUAUUAACUGCACCUGUUUGAACUCGUUACCUGUAUAAAAACACCUGUCCACACACUCAAUCAAACAGACUCCAACCUCUCCACAAUGGCCAAGACCAGAGAGCUGUGUAAGGACAUCAGGGAUAAAAUUGUAGACCUGCACAAGGCUGGGAUGGGCUACAGGACAAUAGGCAAGCAGCUUGGUGAGAAGGCAACAACUGUUGGCGCAAUUAUUAGAAAAUGGAAGAAGUUCAAGAUGACGGUCAAUCACCCUCGGUCUGGGGCUCCAUGCAAGAUCUCACCUCGUGGGGCAUCAAUGAUCAUGAAGAAGGUGAGGGAUCAGCCCAGAACUACACGGCAGGACCUGGUCAAUGACCUGAAGAGAGCUGGGACCACAGUCUCAAAGAAAACCAUUAGUAACACACUACGCCGUCAUGGAUUAAAAUCCUGCAGCACAUGCAAGGUCCCCCUGCUCAAGCCAGCGCAUGUCCAGGCCCGUCUGUAGUUUGCCAAUGACCAUCUGGAUGAUCCAGAGGAGGAAUGGGAGAAGGUCAUGUGGUCUGAUGAGACAAGAAUAUAGCUUUUUGGUCUAAACUCCACUCGCCGUGUUUUGAGGAAGAAGAAGGAUGAGUACAACCCCAAGAACACCAUCCCAACCGUGAAGCAUGGAGGUGGAAACAUAAUUCUUUGGGGAUGCUUUUCUGCAAAGGGGACAGGACGACUGCACCGUAUUGAGGGGAGGAUGGAUGGGGCCAUGUAUCGCGAGAUCUUGGCCAACAACCUCCUUCCUCAGUAAGAGCAUUGAAGAUGGGUCGUGGCUGGGUCUUCCAGCAUGACAACAACCCGAAACACACAGCCAGGGCAACUAAGGAGUGGCUCCGUAAGAAGCAUCUCAAGGUCCUGGAGUGGCCUAGCCAGUCUCCAGACCUGAACCCAAUAGAAGUGUAUCAAAUAUCAAAUACUUGUUCUCCCCACUGUAGCUAGCUUGGGCUGCUUUGUUUCUGCUUUGGUCUUUCUCUAGCCUCAAACACAUUUUUACAAUACAACACAAGUUACUAAUUACUAAUGUAAAAUAAGUCAAUUUCUCAUUAUCUUUGUGUUGCAGUUGAGAUUAACCCCCUAUCCUGCAGCUGUUGCUGACCUAUGGACCCCGCCUACCAACUGUCUCACGUCCUCGUCCAAUCACGUUCCAACGCUGUAACUCUGCCAUCUCAGAGUGUUGUUUACAUGUCGUCGAUGCUGGACUGAAGAUUCUUCUUGCAGGAGAUGAGAAGAAAAAACAACGAUCUUGACGAUGUCAUUUAAGAGUGAAAAUGUUUGUUGUUUUAUCGCAUUGUUCCAUUCUUCACAUUCUUCUCUCAUCGCAGGACAUUUAUAACUAAACAUGUUUUUUAAAAAUUCUAUAACUGAUUUUUUUCCUUGUUUUAAGUUUGAAUGGGAAAAUAUUCAAUCUUCAGUAAUAUACAAUGUAUAUAGCUCUGUGUUUCAACAUGAUCAGUGUCAGGGACGUGCGGUGAGCCAACAAGGUAUUCAUAUCAUCUGAAUAUUACACAUCAAUCCCAAUAACUAACGUGAUAUAGGUUUAGCCUUAAACCAACAUAUCGCAGUCUGUCAAUCCUUUUUGAAAUGUCAGUCUUUGUGCAGAAAAAUCUAUAAGAACGUAAGUGAACAACAAACAUGAGCUUGCUUUUGUUUUGGUGAUGUAUAGACUUGUGAUUGACGUGAAUCGCUAUAUCUUUGCUUAAACUCUGGAAUAUUAAACUGUUUAAAUAUGAGCUUAGUUUGCAAUCUUUUAACAAUUCAAGUUGUUCUCAACUUGCUCAAUAUUAAGUAUGAUUACUGGGAAUUUUUAUUGACAAUUUAUGUUAAGGGUCUAAUUUUAUCCUAUGUUUUAUGAUAUGUGUUUGAGUCUGCGUCAUCGCAACGUGACAGAAUUCUCAAUGAUAGAAUGUAAACUAUAGAUAUAAUGUUCACAUAUAUUACUGAAAGCCAUUGUAUGACAUAUGGAACACUGUUUUAAAGUCCAAUCAUUAUAUUUUCAUAAGGUUGAUGAUCAUGAUGUGAGUUUUUGGGGAGGGGGUUAUAUUUUUUCUUUUUUAUAUUGUGGAAUUGACAGGCUAAUUGUUUAUCAUUUCUUCCUGUCCUCACAUAUUGGUGGAACUAUUGACCCUGUCAUGUAUAGCGAAUGGUUCUCUGUUUUUUUUGGUCUGUCCGAUGUCCAUCCAUAAGAACCUAUGGAAGAAAAUAAAUAGCCUUUUACUAGCCCCUUUUACCACUGACACCUGGGUGUUAGUUACUCUACUUGACAAGUUGCAACACACAAUGUUUUAUACUGAGGAGAAGGGAGACAGUUAUAUGGGAUCACAUUGUUCUGGUCAGUUUUUCCUAGUUGGUAGAUAUUUUCAUAAAUGGGUGUGUUUUAGGUUAGUUUUGCCAAUGGAAAUGUAAGGGAAUUAGUGAUACAGUAAAAUAGAAUAAAGGUCAACCUAGAAUAUUUAGUGAUGUUACACAACGCUUGAGAUGAAAGGCACUGGGUAGGUUUGCCAUUAGGAUAUCCACCGUGGCGUUAAGAACCGUUACUUCCCCCAUUUAUGAAUUGUUCCUACAGGGAUGGUGAGACAACACAAUAAUAAUUUUAAAAAGUUAUGUUCAACUGUACUAUGGGACAAAGUGUAUAUUGUUGUCAUGAUGAGAAAGGACUGAUAGAUGUUUAAGAAAUAUCAAAUAAAAUGUGUGAUUUCUGCCAAA